AUGUCCUACGCGGUUGAGACCAAAAAGCGAAAGUUUCAUCGAGUGCUGGAAUCUCUGACCAAGCCAUCGGCCGCUGAACCCGCUGCCAAAAAGACCCCCGCAACUCCAACAACAGCUCGCGAGCGUCUUCCCGCAGAUCUAUCCAUCAAGAAGGUGCGACUGAGCGAUAAAGAUGAAAGCGGCUUCGCGGCGGUCGGGAGAUCGAUUCUAAAAGCUCGAGCUAGCUCCAAAGACUCUUCCCUUUCGUCAACAACACGCCCUAGCUUCGUCCCGUGGGACCGCGAACGCUUUUUGGAGAGAUUAGAGACCUUUCGCCGCGUCGAUCGAUGGUCUCCGAAACCGGCUGCAAUAAGUGAGGUUGAAUGGGCCAAACGAGGAUGGAUCUGUACAGAUGUUUCGCGGGUGUCGUGUGUGGGUGGCUGUGGCGGCUCAGUGGUUGUCAAAUUACCGGACGAACUUGACGAGUUGGAUGGAUAUGAUCUCGACAAGGUCCAGGAGAGGAAGGAAGUCCGUGACAAGCUGGUAGAAGAGUAUGCGAGUCUGCUGGUCAAAGGGCAUGGUGAACAUUGUCCUUGGAGAAACAAAGGCUGUGAUGCUACGAUUCAUCGACUAACACUCGCCAACACCGAUACGGCAAUCGCUAGUCUUCAGAAACGGUAUUCAAAUAUUACAAAAAUUGCCGAUAAGCUGCCGGCUGAGGAUAUUAUUCAAACACCCGAGUCAUUCAAUUUAGAUGAUGUCCUCGAGAUAUUACCCCGAGAAAGCUUCGAAACCGGCGAUGGGUUGCGCCCCACAGAGUCUCAACGUCAGCAGCAGGACCAAUCGCAGGGCCAGUCGCAGGACCAGUUGCAGGAGCAAGUGUCAAACGAAGAAACUCACGAAGAGAGCUCUCAGGUGGCACUUGGGCCAUCGAAGCCUAUCGACAGAACUGCCUUUGCGCUAGCAGUCUUCGGCUGGGAUGCAGUUUCAAACGAAACGGCCGGCUUGGUAGGCUGCAGUGCAUGUUUUCGACGAUUGGGCCUGUGGAUGUACAGGCCGAAGGAUAAUGGGGAUGCCACGGUCUACGACGCAUUGGAUGUUGCCAAUGAGCAUAUGGAGUAUUGCCCUUGGAUCAGCGGAAAGGCUCAAAGCGGGACUGGCAAGGCAACAGAGAAGCUGGCAGAGCUGAGAAGCGGAUGGGAACUACUUGUUCAAGCACUCAAAGUCAAACACCGCCGGCAGGUCAGGUCAUCGGCUUCCAUGGACACCCUGCGUGCUGUCUCGGAGACACCCUCUGGUGACUUCCCGGUAGUGGAUGAGGUGAACGAGGAACAAAAGAAGGCCAAUGAUCGAGAGUGGUGGGCGAAACUUCGGCGGAUGCGACAGGUGCUGAACGUCAAGUCUCCUCACGGAAAAAAGUCGGUUGCUCCAUGA